ACGGCAAUUUUCCCUGCUAAACACGGCAGCCCAAAUUUUUUCACUGGCAGCACUGUUUCUCGUUCGGCGCAGCAGUGUAGCAAAGACAAGUUUUUUCUGUUUAAUGAUAACCUUAAUUUUUGAAUCAAAAUAUAAUACGAAAGAAAACACUUGUGUAAGAUUGUAAAAAGCAAAAUAGCCCCAUAAACCAUAAUUUCAUGUACGAAUAACUCGUACUAAUUGAAGACCAUCUCAGACACCUAAUGACCUAACGUUUUCAUAAUUUUACAAAAAUGUCACCUAGGAAAAGUGUUAAAAAUCAGCGAACUAAAAGAAACAGUACAGAAAAACUACAAAACAAGAAAGAAAAACCUAAAUUCAAUAUGCCUACCAACAUAAAAGUUAGCAUACCUAUAAGGAAUAACAUUGGGAACUCAGAUGAAGGAAUUCACUUCCCUAUUGUUCGAGGGAAGCGACCUCCCCAGUUCAAGAAACUCUUGGAUACAAAAACUAAAGUAGAUCUGGCAAAUGAAGUUGCAAGACAGCAAUUAAUUAAAGAAGAACCGCCAAAAUUUCACUUAGAUAAUAUAGUUAUAAUUCAAAAUCCAGUCAAAAGAGGAAGAAAAAAGAAAAUUACUGACUUUUUCAAUAAAGAUAGAGAGCAAAUGGAUAAUAAUGCAGAAAACGCUGUGACUUCAACAAAUACCAAAUCUCAAAAACUAGAAAUAAAAGUACCUGCCAAACCAACAAUUACGAGAAGAAUUGUCACUAGAAAAAGGUUGGCUGACUCAACAGCCAAUAGUCAACCAUCUGCAAAGAAAGCAAAAGUAGACACUAAAAUACAGAAAACUGAUAUAAAAACAGAAAUGCCUACUGCUAAUGAUGAAGAGAUGGUACCUGAUAGUAAUCCAAUAGUAGCACCGCAGGUUAAACCUGCGUCUAGGAGAGGUAGAUCUGCAUCGAAACCACUGCAGUCUAGAGCCAACAACCCUGCACCAAAGUCCCGUGCCGCGCUCAGGAGAGGAUCCAAAGGUAAGCAAGGAAACGCAGACCCCGCUAAUAAAUCACCUCCGAUACCUGACCAACCCAAAAAAUUAGCAAAAAAAGAAACGGAAAACGAAAAUGCCCAGCAAUUCAACUCAGCACCGAUAGACUCCAGGAAGACAUCUGUGAGCAGUUGCUCCAAUCUGUCGUGGACUAAGGAUAUAUCCAGUUCGAGCAACACGACGUGUAUUACGGCAUGUUCCAACGAUUUCGUCCGUAUCAAUAAGAAGUUGCCAAUGUUAGUUCUCAAAAAUAUUGAUAAUAAGUUGAAGAACAAGCAAGCAAGUAAACAGCAGCUUCAGAACCAGGAGGAGGAGGUCCCACCGACUGAUCCAGUUGACUCUGAUGACUCUUCAUCAGACUCCUCCGAUUCUGAUAGUUCAGACAGUGAGGAAAAUGAUUCUGAACCCAUAAAUGACAUAGUAGACGCUAACUCCUUAAAUCUAAGUUCCUCAUCUCAGCCUAGUAGCCACAUCCCAGAAGGUAGCAAUAAACAAAACCCCCCAGAUUAUACUACAAUAACUGACACACUAAUUAUGUUAGUAGAUAAAUUAGAUAUGGAAAUAAUAAAUUGGAUCAGCUCAGAAAAUGAACAGAACAACGCUAACCUCGUGAAAUUCAAAGACAAAAUGUUUGAUAUUUUGGAUAAUGAAUUUGGUGUGAUAUCACAUUGUAGUCGUCUCAAACAUAUCUUAGAUCCCGACAGUACGGAAGAUGCUGCAGUUGAAUGUAUCCCUAAAAUCGUUGAGAGAGCACCCGUUGAAAACAUAAUCCCCCAUAAAGAUGCACAACCAUCUCCGGUUAAAGAAAGUACCAAGGCUCCUGAAAAGGACUUCGUGGAACCUAGACCUGUUCCUCUUAGGAAAUUGUCAAUUAAUCUUGAGAACUAUGCUUCGAGUGCGACAGCUAAAGUUCCAAGAGACGAAUUUUUCGAAGACGAAAUGCAAGCAGGCACCUCCAGGAAUAACUAUAGCUAUGACCACCACGAUGACGAUGAUGCACUCUCUUUGUACGCCGAAAGCAUAACGGGUUUCGAAUCUUCUAGAAUGAACACUUCAAUUGCUUCGUACCCUGCGUACAAUGCGCGCCCCGUCGAGGAGUACGUCCCAAGACCUGUUACUGAAGUCUCCCCCCCAGACGUAGAAAGACAUACUUACCUCCCGACCAAAAUCGCCGACACUGAAGGACCAGCGUCUAAGAUAAAAUCAGUUAUUGAAAAACAAAAUGCUGAUUCAACGUCUAUUUAUAAACAAAGUAAUAGCACAGAGGACGCUGACGCCGAGAGUUACGAAGACUUUAGUGAGAAUAUAGAAUUAAAUGCAAGAGUAGGACCACCCGAUGUGGAAAAGAGACCGCGUCUAAUGGACAGUAUCAUUGAAAGGACUCCACGCGCGCGGAGUAUUGUAUUCGCCAACUUAUGUUUCUACAACUUGUUGAACACUUGCCGCAAGGUAUACUCGGGCCAAUGUCGUUUUCCGCACGUGAUACCUACCUGCGAGCAAAUUACAGCAAAGCUUGGUGUGUUAGAUGAAAGGUUGUUGAUACAAGAGUACAUGCUGCUGAGGAACUGGACUACGAUCAGGAGGAGAUUCGGUCUGUGCUAUGUCGAGGAAUGUGCGAAACGUGGUCUCACUCGGAUACUCGUUGAAAUGGCUUACGAUUUCAUCGUAAAAGCUAGAAAUGAUUCUGAGGAAGACACACGGAUUAGAGUAAAUACUAUAGAAAUAACAUUAUUGCAUUUGAACUCGGUUGACUUGUGUAUAUGUGAGGAUUUGUUAAAACUGCCCGUGCACGCCGACCAGGGCAACAGGACACUGCUCUGCGACGUGUUUAUGGCCACCAUGUCCAUAACGCAAAACUUUUCAAGGUUUAAAAUAGUGUUCUUAACUCUUACUUAUUUCAUGGUGGAUAACGACAGGACGUUUAACAAGGAUGUGGUCGAGCACAUCUUGGAGCGCGUGUGUAUAUUGCCGUUCGAGGAGCCGAUAGCGAAGGCUCUGAUACAGAUGAUGCGGUUGACGAACUGCGCUAUAUUUAGCAACUCAAUGAUUAGGAUGUUUGAGAAGCAAAUAUCUGUGAACAAGGACGUGUUGGAAGAGUACAUGUUGCUGAAGAACCAGUACGCGUUCUCGUCGAUGCUGGCGUCAUCGAUGAUAGCGGAGUGCUCGCAGCUGAAGCUGGACAAGCCGCAGUCGGUGCAGUCGGACGCGGGCGACGGACAGCCGCCGGCGGCGUCGCCCGACACCACCAACAUCAGCAACGUGAACCAACCGUCCGAUGAAUCUCCCGUACCAGUCAUAACGAGGACUAUAGGCAUGGGUCCACCGAUUACGUUCAAUCACUCUCCAACGAAGCAACGUCCAUCGUACGAUCAGGAGAGUCCUGGGGGCUCGCGACCUAGUUUUGUUCCGCCUAAUGACAACAGUGGAAAGAAAUAUUGGCGGCAUCGGUCGGUAUUGAACAAUAUCAUGCGGCCUCCGACGGGCACGCCGCGCACACAUAUGAUGCGACCUCCAAUGCUCCCUCAAAUGCGACCGCGGCCGCGACCUAACUUUAACCAGCGGCUGGUGACGUUCAGGAGCCCUUCUAGCUAUAUGAACAGACCAUCCGGACCCAAGUACUGAAAAUCCUCACCAAAGUAAGUAAAUUAAGUUUUCAAUGUAAAAAUACUUUAAAAAAUUACCUAAGCUACCUACAAUGUUGUAGUUGUAGGUAUUUAAGCCUUACUCUUUAUCUUACCGGUAUUUGUUAAUAUAGUCUAGUUAGAUAGUUGUAAAAAUAAAAUGAUAAAACUUUAGUUGAUACUGCAAAAAUACUUAUUCAAUAACAAAACUUAUUUUGGACGAUAGUGAUUCUUUUUUUUUGUAAUGGAGGGCGGAAUCUUGUUUCCAUAGACACUUUUGACGUAAUUGCCAGGUACCAGUGUUGAUUUGAUUUUUUUUCUUUAUUAGUUCUUAAAUUGUUUGACUGUGCCACUAAAAUUACUAAUUAUAAAAUGUUCGUUAUUUUAUCGUAAGCUUUUGUGAUAUUUGUUAGUAACUUGUUACAUUAUUUGGUUAUUUGCAGACUUUGUCAUUGAAAAAUGAUGCGAGUUAUAUCUUAGUUUGUUACUAACUUUUUUUUUAUCUAAACAACAUCAUGACGCUGGCAGUAUAGUUGAUAAGUUUAAAAUUCUUGUGUUGCCAUACUAUAAAAUGUAUGAAUAAGUGUUACAACAUGAGAAAAUGUUGAAAAUUAAACUGUUUAUAAUGUUAGUUAGUGAAUAAAUUGAAACUGGACAUAACGUUA